AUGGUGGCCUCCCCCGCCGGCUCGGGCUGCGCGGCGCGCUGGCGCGAGCAGCAGGCGGCGGCGCUGGCGCUGCGCACGCGGCGCGGCACCGCGGCCGCCAGGGAGCUGUCGCGCCGCUACCCCAACAACGCGCGUCGAGCGGCACGCCGCUGUGGUCGAACGCGGCGGCGGGCGACUGCAGCCUGCCGGCGGCGCGCGCGCUCGGCGCCGCGUGGCCGGCGUUACUCGCCGCCGCCGCCGCCGCCGCCGCCGACGCCGACGCGCGCCCGCCGACCGCCGCCGCCGCCGCCGCCGCCGCCGCCGGAGCGCUAG